UCUUGAUUGCGUUAUGAAAGGUUGCAAAAAUAUGACCUAUCAUUUUGAUUGCUUUGAUCCAGAACCUUCAGCACCACCACAAAAAGGUCCAAGUCCGCAAGAUCCAGGCCCACAAAAAGGCCCAAGUCCGCAAGAUCCAGGCUCACAAAAAGACCCAGCAGGUUCACAAGGCUCGAAUUCACAACAACCACCAAAAGGAAACAAUGUAAUGUGAAAGAUUCAAAAGAGAUAACAAUGACAGCAAUAACUCUCAACAAAUAACGAUAAUCCUUCAGCAAACGACACCACCAAAUAUGAAG